ACUCAGCAAUUAUCAAAAGUCCACCACUGUUUAACAUAUAAAUGAUGUUUGACUCAAUAAGUCAGAUUUAUAAAACCCAAAGUUUAGCAACCAAGCCAAUUUUCAGUUAGUUACAUUAUCAUACAUUAAGCAAACACAUGUUAUAUCAUAAUCCUAAGACCAACAUAGAUUACAUAGUCCCAAGUUUCUCUAACCUAGUACCUUAAUACAGCUCAAACACAAAUUAUACAGGAUUCAAAGUCCCUAAUUAACUUAAGAAUAGAAGAAUCACAAACCUUUGGCGCUCCCCCAAACAUCACGACGGAGUUUUCUCCAACAUAAUUGUCAGCAAAAGCUAUCAAAUUUCCUGAAUUUAAGAUCCAAGAAGCAAGGCCUAAGGGAAUAGGCAUUUUCCUGCACUUUUACUUUUCAAGAAGAUUCCCACUGCUUUCCUUUCUACGAUUAACUGGCCACAGGGUUUGGGAAUAAAAAGGAAAAAAAAAAAAAAGAACCCGAAAUCAAAUGGUGAAGAGUAGAUGUAACGACCAGUUGGACGACUGAGAUUGAAUGUUUGUGGUCUAUAUUUAUUAGUGGAGAAUACUGAAAAAGAAUUACGGAAGCAAAAACUGGAAACAAACCAGAGCCAGCAACUUCGACACGAAGAACCCAUUAAGAAUGUAAGCUCCUUUUUCCUCUUCUUCGCUGCAUUUUUUAAGGGUUGUAUUGAGAUUCCGACAGACACUUUCUUACUUUUCCCAAUCGAGGAAAAAGACGAUGACUUUUGCGUCAGACUCUCAGCCAUUGAGAAGGACAGAAAUAAAGAAGGGUGAGUCCGUGUGAGACCCCCUUUAGUAUUUAAACUGCAGCCUGGCCUCUAAAGAUUGUGACUUGUGAGAUCUUAAAUUCACUUUCUUGUCCGGACUCUUCUUCUAAGGGAGGCUCUUGUAAUCAAUAUUCAUCUUGCUUCGUCAUUCUCGAACUUGAGCUGGUUUUCAAGCUUCAUUUUGGAGGCCCACAGAGAGGGAGUGAGAGAAGUAGAAACUUUCGCACGUUGCAUUUGUCUUUGGUGUUCUUUCUUUUCAUCUUGAGAUCGACCAAAUGGGUAUCAAUCCUCAGGAAGCUAUCAAGAAGCUCAAAGCUCUGAUUGAUCAAGUUGAUCAGCCAAUGAAGAAAUCCUUUCAGAAUGUUCAUCAAGGAUUCAUAACAGAAACGCUGGACCGUUUUCUAAAAGCACGAGACUACGAUGUCGGGAAGGCCCAUAAAAUGCUGGUGGACUGUUUAAAAUGGAGGGUAGAAAACGAGAUUGACAAGGUAUUAAGGGUAAGUGUUUCAACAGCUCAUUCACUGCGAUGGCCCAAAGUUUUUUUGUUGACAUCUCUCUAUUGUCUGCAGAAGCCUAUAUUUCCUGCUGAUGUCUACAGAGCAGUGAGAGAUUCACAGCUAGUCGGACUUUCGGGGUACUCGAAAGAGGGCCUCCCCGUAUUUGCCAUUGGUGUUGGACUCAGCGCAUUAGACAAAGCAAAUGUGAAUGAUUAUGUGCAGUCGCACAUACAAAUCAAUGAGUAUCGGGAUCGUGUUAUUCUGCCUUCUGCAUCAAAAAGGUAUGGACGGCCCAUAACAACCUGCGUGAAGAUUUUAGAUAUGACUGGUCUGAAGCUUUCGGCACUUGGCCACACAAAGUUACUGACAAUUUUAUCAACCAUUGAUGAUCUGAACUACCCAGAGAGAACAACUGCUUACUACAUUGUAAAUGCACCUUACGUCUUUUCAUCUUGUUGGAAGGUUGUCAAGCCUCUAUUACAUGAAAGGACAAGGAAAAAGGUUCAAGUGUUACCAGGCUGUGGGAGAGAUGAGCUGCUAAAGAUAAUGGAUUAUUCAUCUCUUCCACAUUUCUGUAAAAGAGAGAGCUCACUGUCCUCCCGAUCAUCAGCUCGUCAAGGAGGCAAUAAUUGCUAUUCGUUGGACCACCUUUUUCAUCAACAGCUAUAUAACUACAUCAAGCAACAAUCAUUGAUCAAUGAACCUGUUGAACCAAUUAGAAAAGGAUCUUUUCAAGUGAAUCUUCAGGUGCCCGCAUCAAAAAGCAAAGGAGCGGCUAAAACUAUUGAAACUGAGUUACGGAAGUAUGGCAAUGGGCUAUCAGAUACACUGAUUGAACUCGAAAUAAUGUAGUGACUGAAGCAAAGGCAACUUUUUGAGAUGAAUUUCUUUCAUUAAUGGUGCAUAUUCCUUCAUUGAGGAGAUGAUGGAAAGGAAAAAUUGGUUUUACUGAUUCUAACACUAUAGCCCUUUGGACAGUCCCAAUUUCUUGAUGGUGACAUCCCUAGUCUUGUUGAAAUCCACCAUUAAAGCAAUGGAGAGUCAUAUCUAACGAUGUAUCCUGAAAUGUGCCUGGUUGAAAUAUAAAGUGCGCUUCUUAAUAUA